CAAACAAAUGUCUCGGAAACAUUUUAUAACUUUACGAUAAGCCUGAUGAGUUUAUUGCGGUAAACACUAGUCAUGCCAUAAAUAGAGCAUAAUCAGAACAGAAGUAAACUCAUAAUUUCCGCCUUUCUAAGUAAGCAGAUGACGCUCAGUAGUAAAAAGGAACUCCUGCGCGAGAGGAACUAGAUUCAACCAGUUCACCCAGAACGGAUGUUGCCGCAGACGCCUUUUGUUUCUAUGGAAACUCUCAUAGUUCUGUUGGUGCCGAGCAAAAAAAAAACUUAUGCUAUGCCCUAGCUGGUUAGCUAAGCUGACCUAAACGUUCAAUGCCAACUAUUUUAGACAUAUUCAGCAGCUUCCUUCCAGAGUAUUUGUGUAUUUUGACUUUUACGCAGUUCCGGUCACCUUUAUUUAUGACACAAACAUGAAACAAUAGAAUAUUCGCUGUGCUAUAUGCAAGCUAACCGGAGAAAAUACACUUCACUUAAUUCAUUCUUGACCUGAUAUACACAUGAAGAUUUGCUGUAACAGGAUGUCAGGUCUUGUAGUGCCCCGUUGUUCAACAUCUGCUUCGUAACAAUGCAGGAAGCUGUGGACCUGGAGGCUCAACUGGCUUGUAAAGAAAGAGAAUGGAAAGAACUUCAGGCUUUGCGGAUCCUACAACUGGAGACUGCUCUAAAUGAAGCCACAUCAGAGCUGUCCACCCAGAGAGAGCGUUUCCUCCGCUUGCGUGAUGACUUCAAGUAUAAUCUACGUGUGUUGGAGGAGAGGGACAAAGAGCUGGAGCGUUAUGAUGCCUUGGCAGCCCGUGCUCAGACGGAGGACAGUGUCAGACGGGAAGAGGUCAGUGAGCUGAGGAUUGAGAUUGCAAAACUCCAGGAUGCCCUGGAGGAGCAGCAGAGGGUGAAGGAGGACAUAGAAGUGCAAUAUCAGAAGAGGGGAGUCGAGCAUAGAGUCAAAUUGGAAAAAGUCCAGAACAUCAUGGAAAUUGAGAUUCAAAAACUCAGGGAGGAGAAUGAAACAUUGAGACGGGAUCUCCAGCGGCGAAUUAGAGAAUCUGACGGGGAGCUGGCACUGCAGAAACAGGAAAUGAUGGCAGAUUUCGACACUGAAAUGAGGAAGCGGGAGCAUGAAUUCCAUCUGAAACUGGACGAAAUGAACAGUGUGGUUCUCUCACAUGAGCUCAAAGAGAAGCUGUUGAGCAAAGAGCUGGAGGUCCAUGCCAAAGCUCACUGCCAAGCCACAGAGGCCCUGCAGGCCUCUGAAGAACUUUACCAGCUGGCUCAAAAAGAGAUUCAGCACAGAGACUGGGACCUAAAGAACACCACUGCAAUGAAAGACUCCAGGAUAAAAGAGCUUGAGGUCACACUAAAACAAAUGGAGAACAAUUGUAAAAAAGAGCAAGAAGCCUACAACAGGAAGCAUGCAGAGCUGGAACGAAGGUCUCGGGAGAGAGAGGAUGCACUGGGUAUCAUGAGAGAGGCUCAUGCCAGGGAGCUCCAAGAGGAGAGGGGGGAAAUCUCAGAAUUGCAGGCCCAACUGGACAGGAUGAUCCUGGACCAUGAAAGGAGAGAAAAGAGCCAUACGGAUGACCUCCACCACAGAGAUCAGCAGAUACAAGAGCUCAGAAUCCAGCUGGAAACAACUCGAUCUGGCUGGGAUACUUACAUCAAGCAGGUCUCCAAAGAAAAUGUUGCCAAGGAUACAGAGCUGCUUUCUGCAGGGGAGAGAGAGGCCAAAGUGAGAGCAGAGCUGGAAAGGUGUAAAGAGGACAUAGAGAGGUAUAAGCAGCAGGUGUCUAGUGGUCUGCAGAGGGAACAGGCACUGGAGCAGAAGAGAGUUCAGCUGGAGUUGGACUGGGAGCGGCGCUGUGAGGAGGUGCGUUCUGAGCACUACCUGAGGAGCGAGGAGCUCAUCCAAAACCUUACUCAGGCCAGGGACCAGGUAAAUGCUGAGUUGAGAGAGAAGGAACGAGAGUUGGAGGAGACGGUGACACUGCUGAAAAGUGUCACUGUAGAGCGAGAUCAGGCACUGCGUGGAACCAAACCAGCACUAACUGAAAUUCAGGCAUCUGCAGUAGACAGCAGCAGUUUCCCAUCAGAAGAGAUCAGGAGACUCCAGCAGCAGAACAGCAGUCUCAGAGCAGUUGUGACUGAAAUGAGGAAAGAGAUGGAGAACUUGAGCAAGCAGAUGACUGUAGCUCAGAGUCAUAACCAGACCACAAAUCCAGAGCUCAGCACUGCAGGGACUACAGACUACAGUCAAGCUUUGGAGAAAGAGAUCCAGGAGCUUAAGGCCAAAUGUCGUGAUCUUGAGGAGCGGCUGGAGGAGUCUUCCAAGACAGUCAAUACUGUUAACAAUCCUUCCCUUGCGUUCCCUGUUUCCCUUGACAAUGCUUACCUUCAAAACCACAUUAGAUCACUUAAUGAGACCAUAGGUGGGCUACGAGUGGAGAAAGUAGCCAGUGCUGCUGCUCUAAAGAAACAGGAAGUGAGACUGGCUCAUUUGGAGUCUGCUGUGGAACAGCUUACCCAGCAGUGUUACUCAAAACACAUGGAGAAUGAGAGCUUACGUCUAGAGCUGGCCAAUCACAAGAGGGCAGCAGCAGCUGAAGAAUUGAAGCUUAAGCAAAGAGUGGCAGCUACUGAGCUGGAGUUGAAUGAAGUGAGACAGGAAGCAGAAGAGUACCAAAAAGGCAGUUUGCUCCACAACCUGGAGACCGUUGCCCUUGGCAACCAGGUGUCAGCACUGAAGGUUGACCUUGCAAGCAGAAGAGAGCCCAUUGUCCUUAAUCAGAGUGAGAUGGUAAAGCAGCUUCAGGAGGAGAACUUGUCCCUGAGACAGCAGCUACUGCUGCUGCAGAGUUCAGCCAGAGGGGGCGCAAUGGGUGAUGUUGCCCUGCUUCAGUCAAAGCUCAAACAGGCUGCACGCUUGAUCUCCGGCCUCAGUCAAGACAAACGGCAACUCAUUGAAAUGGGCAACAGGCUCCGGGCUCAGCUGAUAGAAGCAGGACUGGAGGUUCCACGACACUCAAAGAUCAUUCUCAAACCAAAUGAUCCAGAGCACAGCUUGGAAAAAGACCCCUCUCAACCCGAGCAUGGGGUACAGCCAAAGAGCCGCUUAUCAACACUGGAACAGCUACAGUACCAGCUAACCACUCAGGAGCUACAAUAUGCACAGCGAGAUCAGAGUAAGAAAACAGAGAUUAUAGUCCGUCCCCAAUUCUCUGAGAGUGAGAGUUCAGUUAAAAAACGAACCACCAACCCAUGGGAGCCACCAGUCAGAGUCCAGUCUGUGGGUAGUAAAGAAAACACUCCGCCGCAGCGGAACCAAUCUGGAGCUCCGGUACGACUGCCCGGGUCAUCACACAUUCUGCUGUCAUCUACGGGCACCGAUGAUUCCCUAAAGGAUGUGUGGCAGAUGUUGGAUCGAGGUUUGAGCUCCUCUGUGUUUUCUCCAAGUGACAGUGAGGACAAAGGUAAAGUGGCUACAGCAAACAGAGGAAACCCAGAAAUUAAUCGGCCUUCUACUCCAUUGGUCAGCGUGGAGGGCACCAAAGUAUCACUCCAGGAAAAGAAGAAACAAAGUCGUACAACAUUUGUACCUGCUAAAAAGACAUGUCCUGCAGGAAAUCAGGGCAAGAUUCGAAAUUACAACAACAAAGACUGAAAAAAGCCAUGAUCAUUUUGGGCGACGCAGUUUGAAGGACUAUUCUAUUUGAAGUGCUGCAUUUUUAUUUGUUCACUUUGCAUCAUGCAUGUUUUUGUAACAUUUGUAAAUGUUCUAAUAAAUUAUUGCAUAAUUUGACCGAUAUACAUGCAAGUCUUUUAUAAUGAGCAAAAAACAGCAACAAGGAUAAGAAGAAAAAAAUCCAAACCCAGGAAUAUGUGAAAACAGAGUAGGGAAAAAUAUUUGCAUUUCCAGAUUAUUGCACCUAUUCAGUUUUCUAAAAUAUAAAUUAAGAAUUUCUGAAAGAUUAUUAAAAAAAUUAUCACAGAAGCAGAGUUUUUAUGACAAAAUUUGAUUGUUUUGUGAUUGUCAAAUAUGACUGAAUGAAUUCAAGGCUCACAUUUUCAUUACGCAAAACUGUGUCUUUACCAUAAGUGAGUGUCUUUUGAACUUCAUUAAAAGGAAUGUUUUCUCAAAUGCCACUCAAACCAGCAACAAAAAAAGGAGCAAACGAUCAUCUAAAUCAUACUGUACUUUGCUGUUUGGUGAUUUUGCAACAUCAAACCACAUUUACAGCAUCAAACUGAUGUGUCAGAGGUGAAUAGGUGUUUUGCUCAUUUUAAGUUUCUUCUCAUCAUGUAAACACAUUAUCACUUUGAGGAAACCAAUGGAGAAAAAAACCCUGAAAAAAAUGAAAAUAUUUUCAGUUGACUACUAUAUACCAAAUAUAAUGCUGAACAUUACACUGUAUGAACCAUUUAUGUUAAAUAUAAUCUGAAAAAAUCUACGGAGAGGUUUGGAAAUUUGAGUCUGGAAAAGUAUAGAAUUUUGAAAUGGAAAAUGUGUAGGAACCCUGUCUGGGAUGCCAAUAAUGUAGAUGUAAUUUAUCAAUAAACAUUUAUGGUACAAUAUGGUACAUGAACAUCUGGCUCUGUGAGAGAUACAGAUUUAUAAUUUUUUCCCCCUAAAAAGAAAAAGAAUACAUGGAAAUGAUGUAGUCAGAAUAACUUUGGUAUUUUAGUAGUAUUUGGAUUCAUACAGUGACACAUUCUGUGUAAUGUGUCUUUGUGAACUUUCAGUAGCUCCUGUGCUGUCCAGCCCCUCAUAAUGACAUCACAGCAGCAGCAGGUGUAGGAUUCCGCUCCUCCCAUCGCGUUGUCCUGACAUCACCCUAUCUCCUAGCAACACCCUUGCAUUCAUUCUGAUUGGCUGGUUCUACACACCUCCGCUCAAUGAUUGGUGAAUUUAUUUUCACUGGCAACCGUCAAAAUGUUAUUCACCGUGUCUCUCACGUGUCUCAAGAGCUCAACAGCGCCACCAUAAGACACCCGGUACAACGCAAUCUGUGUGCUGCCCUCAUUACCAACAGUUAGAUCUAUCUAUACAAUCUGUAUUAGACAAACAUUAAAAUAAACAAUGUACUAAAUAUUUUUUCCCACAUUUAUACGACUGCUCUAUUUAAGCUGAAUCCUUUGACAUAAAAAAGUCAAAUGUUGAAGCAAUGUGAAUACUUAUUGUUAUGCAAAAUAAUAAAUAAAGAAAAAAAAGACGAAUACUCUUCUGUAGAUUGGCAUGUUUUAUUAUCUAUCUCUUUUUAUUAACUCUUUUCUCCAGAAAAAUCAUAGUCAGUGUGGUGUAAAAACAAAAUAGACACAUUAAGAAAACUAUUUAAUAAUAAAGAAUUCAGUAAUUCGUUUAAGUUUCAUGACUUAAAAAUUCAUGAAAAUGUAGCUUGAAAAUGUUUGAAAACUACUUGGAAAUUGUAUAGAUUUAUAAAAAAAAUAAAAAAAAUAAAAAGAUUUCAUUCAUACGUCUUUGAAAUCCAUUCACAUACUGUAUAAAACACUUCAGAUGAUGUUGCUCCCAAAUCACAAAAUAUGAAGUACCAUACCUCAUUCUGCCCUAUUAUUGUAGCUAUCCAAUAAUUUUAAAACUCAAUGUCAUUUCUAAUGUUUAAACAAGUACAUACUGAGUAGUUAAUGAACAAUUAGGACAGACCAAUAUCCAUGCUGUGUUUCAGUACCAAUCCAGUGUUGCAUGCUAAAUUUACCCGAUUUCAGAUUGUUUGCAAACCGCAGACACGCGACCCCCGUGUCGCCUUGAACUUGAACUUGUUCGAUCGGACCCAUAAAGCAGAAAUUUGUGCUGCUGUGCAUGUGAUCAUGCCGGGAUGAACUUUAGUAACCCAGGCUUUUCAGACGCUUUUUUUUCUCUGAAAUCAGCCCAUCACUGGCUGCGUCUACAGCCCAGCCUCCUCUCUCAUUGGACUGCACCUAAGAGCCAAACUGUCAGCCCAUGUGGCGUGGCCAUCGAGGAUGUCAGACAUUUAAAUGAAACAGACACAGGGACUCAGAAGGGCGAGAGUAAUUUUUAGGGCUUGGCCAAAGGGGGAAUCACGAAACUCUCCAUUCUGUACCGGGAGCCGACAAAAAUUAAGAGGAGUAUAGUCGACUCUAUCCCAAAGGAUCUGCGUGAAACAACGUUAAUCUGUACACACACCCAG